GGAUCCAGUGACAGACGCGACCAUGGCCCUGAGGGGACCCUGCCCUUUGCUCUUCCUGACCCUCAUCCUGCUGGUAACCUGCCUGGCCCAGAUCAUCAGACCACCCGACAGCUACCAAAACUUUGUGAGUGAACACGUUGAUUUCCCCAAGACCCGACCCCCCAAGGGCCAGAGCUACUGCGACCACAUCAUGCGGCUCAUGAGCCAGAACAUGGCUGCCUGCAAACUCACCCACACCUUCAUCCACGCCCCCGCCAGCCAGCUCCGGACCAUCUGCACUACCAGAGGGAGAUGCAACCUAUACAAUGAAUGUGACAGCAACGCAGCCUACGCCGUCACCACCUGCUGGCUGAACAGACCCCCCAGCCCACCGAGCUGUGUCUACAGGGGAGUACCCCAGACCCGCAGGAUCCGCGUGGCCUGUAUCUGGGGGCUGCCCGUGCGCUUCCUCAGAGUCGUGUAG